AUGGGUUAUGAUUUGGCAAGCCUACCUGAGGAUUUUCUGGUGACGUCUUUCCAGUUCACCAAACAUGUUCAUCGAGACCGUUACCCUGCUAUCGACCCUACUAGACCCGAGCUGAGCCUUGCCGGCAAAGUCGCCAUCGUGACAGGCGCGAGCCGCGGCAUUGGUGCCAAAGGAUUUGCUCCUGCUUUUGCUAAGGCUGGAGUCAAAGGUCUCGUUCUUCUGGCCACCAACGCGAGAAAACUGGAGGCCGUCAAAGACGGAAUCAAGAGCAUCAAUUCUUCGAUCCAGGUUCUAUCGCUAUCUGUCGACGUUUCGAACACUGCCUCGGUAGAAGCUGGAUUCCAGAAAAUUCAGAGCGUAUUUGGCCAUGCUGACAUCUUGAUUAACAACGCCGGAAUUUGCAACGAAACCCCAGGCGCGCGCAUCGCGGAGGAGGACGCCGACAGGUGGUGGUCUAAUUUCGAGGUCAACAGCAGAGGCGUCUACCUCACCACGAGAGCAUUCAUCCGUCACCUCUUGGCAGACGCCGAGGCGCCCGCCACCAUCAUCAACUUGGCCACGGGCGCAUCCUGGACUAUCGGUUCUGGCGGGGGACACGGCGGAUAUGCCCUAUCGAAGCUCAUCACCCAGCAGCUCACGGUGCAGACGGCAGCCGACUACCCGAACGUGACGGCCGUGGCAGUCAGCCCUGGGCUGGUAGACACGGACAUGGUACCACCGCCGCUGAGGCGGCUGGGAUUUGAUGCGCCGGAGCUGGUCGGCGGGUUGGCGGUCUGGCUGAGCCAACCGCACGCCAAGUUUAUGAGUGGCCGAACGAUGCAGGCGCAUUGGGACGUCGAUGAGCUCGUGCAGAGGAGGGAAGAAAUUAUGCAGGGCGACCAGUUAACAAUGCAGUUUGCGGGGCCGUUUGGAAAGGAGCUAUUCCAGUAA